AUGUGCGACCUGCAAAAGAAGAAGGAUCGAGGCGAGAAGAUCACCAUGAUCACGUCUUACGACGCGAAUAGCGCUCAGAUGCUCGAUGCUGCACUUAUCGACAUGCAGUUAGUGGGCGAUUCCCUAGCAAAUGUUGUACUUGGCUUGGACAGCACAGCUUGCGUGGGCCUCGACACUAUGAUGCUGUUCGCGAAGCACGUGAAAAAAGCGUCCCGACGUUCUGUCAUUGUUUUUGACCUCCCUUACGGCACAUACCACACGAAAGAAGCGGCACUGGAGUCAGUCAUCUCGGUCGUGAAGCAGACCGGCAUCACAACCGUGAAGCUGGAAGGCUUCUGCCCCGAUAUCGUCAAGGCGCUUCGCGAGCAUGUCAGCAUCGUCUGCCACCUCGGCGUGCAGCCCCAGACGGCGGAGACCAAGAACUCUCGAGGAAAAAACGCCGAGGACGCGAGGGAACUACUUGAACAUUCGCUGGCACUCGAAGCUGCUGGCUGUCAGAUGAUCGUGUUGGAAAAAGUUUGUGCGGAGGUCGCGGAGGUGAUCACAGCGAAGCUGAAGAUACCCACGAUUGGCAUUGGAUCAGGUCCCGGCUGUGACGGGCAGGUGCUUGUUUUCCACGACAUGUUUGGGUUGGCCCCCUGUGGCCCUAAGCUGAAAUUCGUCAAGCAGUAUGCCAGUCUCUAUCCGCAAAUUGGAGCGGCAGCGGCCAAGUACAAAACCGAAGUGGAGAAAGGACUCUUCCCAGGCGUCGCGAACUCCUUCUUCAUGACGCCGAAAGAGCGCACCAAGUUCUACGCCCUGGUUGAUGGGCAAGGAAAAACGAGUGGCGACACCGCUGGCGCCCGCAGUUCAUCUGUGACGCCUGCUUCAGCAGCCAAUUUCCCCAGGCACUCCAUCGUUCGCCGAUGGGUGGACGCGGGGCUGGUAAAUGGGCCCGCGUCUUCGGCACAUCCUACACAGAAGGCCGCCAAAUCCGCUGUCGCCUCUGGAGACGGGACGCGCGGCGACCGCGAGGCUGCGAACGACUCGCAAGCCAACCCGGAAAACAGCCCGCGAGCCCUGCAGACCUUGCGGCGUGUCUGCAUUCGCGGCGGAGGCGCCAUGGGGCAGUUCAUGGCGUGGAUGCUCGCGGGCACCCCUGGCGUCGAGGUGGUCCUUGCCACGCACCGAAAGGAGCUCAAAGCAGCUGUUGAGAACCACGGCAACAGGCUGUUGUUCCGCAAGCUCUCCGGAUCUGGGGCGGAUGAUGGGGCCCAGAUCGAGGGAAGACCGGUAAACGUUGUCGUCCUCGGUCCAGACUCGGACUCUGCCGUACCUCUCUCGCAGGACAAGUUCGACACCGUUUUCAUUUGCACCAAGUCAAGACAAACAGCCGAAGCAGCUUCCUUUGCAUGGGCUAACGCGCGACCGGGCGGAGUUGUUGCCACCAUCCAGAAUGGUCUGGAAGCUCCUCGGGUGCUCCUAAGCGUCUUUGGCGCGGGUGCGGCGAGUGGCUCACCCCUGCGAUCUGAGGCGCCGGCGGCGACCUCGGGCGAAAGUCUACCAGACGGCAUGCCAGCUGGAGCGACGGGUAAAGACUGCGCGAGUCCGCCUUCGCUUGUGUUCGCUCCUAUGUCGUACGGAGCCCUCGAGCAAGCCCCUGGCGUUGUACGGCUGACUGGCGAAGGCGAGAUCCGGGUGUGCCCCUCCUCUCCUAGAGCGGACCGCGGCGCCGCGUCGAGCCUUUCUGCUCUGCUGAGAAAGGCAGGUUUCACCGUGUCUGAGGUAGAUCGAUUCGACCUUCAGGUGGCUCUCUGGCAGAAGGUGGCUGUGAAUGCAUGCAUCAACCCCCUCACGGCCAUUCUGCGGUGCACAAAUGGCGAGGUGGCGAACCCUCUUUUGGCAUCACUACGACGACGCACUGUCGAGGAGGUUGUCGCCGUCGCGCGCGCCCAGGGGAUCCCCAUUGACCUUGAAUCGACCGAUCAGCUGGUGUCUGAGGUGAUUCGGAGGACCUCGCGCAACUUAUCUUCUAUGCUGGUGGAUGUCGAGAAGGGCCGGCCGACAGAAAUCGAUGCCAUCAACGGGGAAGUCGUCAACCAAGGCCGGAAAGCUGGUGUUCCAACGCCCGUAACAGAGACUCUCAUGACUCUCGUGCAGUGUAUCACUGAGCAGCAGUGUCGGGAUAGCCCACAUGGCGAUGCAAGACAACGAGACCAGGAAGGCCACAAAGUCCAGAACUCGUCCCAGGUAGCAUGGUCGUAUUAG